CCCAGCCUCGCGGCUGGAAGACUGAAGCCCUUGCUCUUUCGAACCUACGACAAUGCCGCCGAAGUUCGACCCCUCGCAAGUUGUCGACGUCUAUGUCCGAGUCACUGGCGGUGAGGUUGGUGCUGCGAGUUCACUCGCUCCCAAGAUAGGUCCGCUCGGGUUGUCCCCCAAAAAGAUCGGAGAAGAUAUUGCCAAAGAGACUGCCAAGGACUGGAAGGGAUUGAGGGUCACUGUUAAGCUUACUGUCCAAAACCGCCAGGCGAAGGUGUCGGUGGUGCCCUCUGCGGCUGCUCUAGUUAUCAAGGCCUUGAAAGAACCCGAACGAGACCGCAAGAAGACCAAGAACAUCAAGCACAAUGGUAAUAUAUCUCUUGACGAUGUGAUCGAGAUCGCCCGAGUUAUGAGGCCCAGGUCGAUGGCCAAGGACCUCAGCGGGACUGUGAAGGAGAUCCUGGGCACAUGCGUCUCCGUUGGCUGCACGGUGGACGGGAAAGACCCGAAGGAUUUGCAGCAGGAGAUCACUGAUGGGGAUGUUGAAGUCCCUCUGGACUAAGGUCUUCCUUUUGAUUUUGGUUUGAUUAGUACUUUUCUCCACAUAAAUUUCGGGCAACUGUUGAAGUUUGUGUUAAAGUUAACAGUUUGGGCAAUUUAGAUGAUCUGGAGAGAUUGUAUGAGCUAGACCAGGUUGCGUACAACUUUACAAGGAUGAUAAUCUAUUUGAUGCAAUUUUGUUUCUUUUUGUGA